CCAUCAGCUCCAGAAUUUCUCUUUUACAACCUAAGCAAGACCUGGAGCACCUCGGAGCUGCGACCCCCAGUUCACCAUACCACCUGCCUUACCCCCAGGCUCGUCUUUUCAUCCCACCCACCCCCUUCUCUAUUCACUGAGUCCUGGGUGGCUGCGACCUGCAUAGAUGAUUUAACAGAUUGCCCCUGCUCCUGCUCCUCCUCCUCUUCCCUGCUCUCUCGCCUCCUCUUCCAGUACGGGCGCCCAGACUCGGCGGAGCGCAGCGCCUGCCACCCGCGGUGCCUCAGGCUGCCCGGCGCGCCGCGCUCGCAGGUUCUGUCUCGCCGCAUCCCGGCGGCCACUGGCGCGGGCAAGGACGCUGGCGGGGAGAACGCCCCAAGCUCAGCGUACCCCAUAAUCGAGUGCUGAGAGAAGCAGUGAUUUGAUCCAGCUCAGAAGGAAAAGGAGCGGGUUCCGAGUGACACUUCUGGAGCCAGCGGGACGCCCCAGUUGGCCCCGUGCGGCGCGGCUGCAUGCACCGUCCACAAGGAAACUUCACUCAGGAGAAAUGCUGUGGCCCUUCAUUUUACCAACAGAAAAUGGAACACAAGAGACCACAUAGCUGAACAAAUUACAGCCACCUUACAAGUGAGAAACUUCAAGGCUACGUAGUUUCCAGCGAAGGGAAAUAACUAACAGCUUCUCCACAGUGUAGACUGAAACAGGGGAAACAUGAACAUCACAAACUGUACCACAGAAGCCAGCAUGGCUGUAAGACCCAAGACCAUCACUGAGAAGAUGCUCAUUUGCAUGACUCUGGUGGUCAUCACCACCCUUACUACGUUGCUGAACUUGGCUGUGAUCAUGGCCAUCUGCACCACCAAGAAGCUCCACCAGCCUGCAAACUACCUAAUCUGUUCUUUGGCCGUGACGGACCUCCUGGUGGCAGUGCUCGUCAUGCCCCUGAGCAUCAUGUACAUUGUCAUGGACCACUGGAAGCUUGGAUACUUCCUCUGCGAGGUGUGGCUGAGUGUGGACAUGACCUGCUGCACCUGCUCCAUCCUCCACCUCUGUGUCAUUGCCCUGGACAGGUACUGGGCCAUCACCAAUGCUAUUGAAUAUGCCAGGAAGAGGACGGCCAAAAGGGCCGCACUGAUGAUCCUCACCGUCUGGACUAUCUCCAUUUUCAUCUCCAUGCCCCCUCUGUUCUGGAGGAGCCACCGCCGCCUCAGCCCUCCCCCUAGUCAGUGCACCAUCCAGCACGACCAUGUCAUCUACACCAUUUACUCCACGCUGGGUGCGUUUUAUAUCCCCUUGACUUUGAUACUGAUUCUCUAUUACCGGAUUUACCAUGCGGCCAAGAGCCUUUACCAGAAAAGGGGAUCAAGUCGGCACUUAAGCAACAGAAGCACAGAUAGCCAGAAUUCUUUUGCAAGUUGUAAACUUACACAGACUUUCUGUGUAUCUGACUUCUCCACCUCAGACCCUACCAUAGAGUUUGAAAAGUUCCAUGCCUCUAUCAGGAUCCCACCCUUCGACAGUGAUCUGGAUCACCCGGGAGAACGCCAGCAGAUCUCUAGCACCAGGGAACGGAAGGCAGCACGCAUCCUGGGGCUGAUUCUGGGUGCAUUUAUUUUGUCCUGGCUGCCAUUUUUCAUCAAAGAGUUGAUUGUGGGUCUGAGCAUCUACACCGUGUCCUCAGAAGUGGCCGACUUUCUGACGUGGCUUGGUUAUGUUAAUUCUCUGAUCAACCCUCUGCUCUACACAAGUUUUAAUGAAGACUUUAAGCUGGCUUUUAAAAAGCUCAUUAAAUGCCGAGAGCAUACUUAGACUGUCAAAAGCUAAAAGGCACAACUUUUGCGAGAGCCUCGUGAGUGGACGGGGGUAAGGGGUGCAACUUAUUAAUUCUUGAACAUACUUGGUUCAGGAGAGUUUGUAAGUAUGUGUGGUCUUGUUUUCUUGUUUGUUUUGUUCUGUUUUGUUUGAGGCUUGUUAUUUGGUGUGCUGUUUUCUACCUCUGGUCUUAUCUGUGGUACAUAAUUUCAAAUAAACAUGAUACAAAAACAGAAAUUUUGUAGAAAUAAUAGUAAGGUGAAAUAGUAAAUACUUUUUAUGGAUUUUUUUUAGCCAUUUCAGUUACCCUGCAAUUAAAGAAUGCCAAAAAAUAUCUUUAUUUGCAGAAUUUCUUAUUGCUUAUAAAUUAAAUACCUGAUAAUGCCCUAUAUGGCAUUAAAUCUGAGAUUAUGGCUCUAUCUGCAUAGAUAUUCCAGUGGGAAUUGCAUGACUACAUAAAGAAUAAAAAGAAAGUGAUGUGCUGUCAUCUGCUGCUUGCAGACCUGAGCUAAAGUCCUUUACUGUAGCACUGUGACUACAUAGCCUAUUCCUUUCAGGUAAAAAUACCACAGCUGGCUUGUCCUUUUUAGUUCAUGAUUAAAUAAACUUCCUCAUUUUCUAAAAUGAAAAUACCUGGAAUAAAUGCACUGGCACUUUUCUAAGUCUUUUACGAUGAAUAUGAAACAUAAACAAAUAAGAAAUCAUCUCAAUCUA